AUUUACUGAACCCGAACCAACGGAUGGCUUUGAUAAGCGGCCGUAUUCCUGUAAUGUGUGUGAAAAAAGAUUCAGCAAUAAAAAAAGCGUCAAAACCCAUAUGGUAACGAUCCAUGAAGGAGGUAAACCUUUCGUUUGCGAAGAAUGUGGAACACGGUGGAGUACGAAAAAAUCACUUAAGCAGCAUCAAAUAGUUCAUAUUGACAAGUAUCCGUAUCAUUGUUCGUAUUGUUCAAAGAGCUUCAAAACUUUGCGUGCACUGAAGACUCACGAAGAUACGCAUAACAACACAAUGUACGUUUGCCCUCAUUGUGGACUAAAGUUAAACACAAGGCGCACUCUUCAAAUGCACAUGGUAGUACACUCAGAAGAGAAGAAAUAUAAAUGUCAACAUUGCGGAAAAGAGUACAAACGCUCAAAAGCCCUGAAGAUUCAUUUGAUACUCCACACAGGGUUAAAGCCUUAUGCUUGUCCGUUUUGCGAUAAAACGUUUACGCAAAGUGCGAAUUGCCGUAGUCACAAAAAAAUGUCUCAUCCACUUGAACUGGCUGCCCUGGAGGCAUCGGGAGGACAGCAACCGACCGCAAACAUUCCCAAGUUGAAACAACUGCAACCAAAACUUUCGAACUCACCCGCCGCUGCAAGCAUACAGGAAAUAGUACAGCACAUUACCGAACCAACAGAGUCUACCGUUUAUAAAAUUGAAAAUCCAAGUGCUGUUGUAGUGAAUAAAGCUGUUCUUAGAGAAGAUCACUCUAGCAAUAUCAAAGUCCAGAAAGACAUGCGUAGUGAAGUAAACGUUAGUCCUAUCAGAGUCAAAAAAAGUAAUCUUAAGAAGAAGUAGAGAGAGUAGGUUCGCUACAAAGGGAUUUGUUUCGCGACAGAUGUGUA